UAUUAAAGACAUCAAUUUUAUUGAAUACAUCAUUUGAACUUGUUCUUGCAUUGAAUCUAUUACUUCAACUAUUAAUUUGCAAUUAAAUCCAAAAGAAACAUGAACAGGAUUUUAUUAAAUUGUUUUCUUCUAAUUUGUUUACUCAGUCCAUUAACCAGAUCAGCUCCAUUAGAAGAUGGUUUUUUACUUCGACAACUUGCUAGUGGCUACACUGCUCCAUUGGUUGCGUCGUUUUUGCAUUUAAGAUUACAAAAUGCGAUUAAAAGUGUUGAAGACAUCAAGAAUUCCGUGGAAAAUUUAAGUGAAAGUCACCAGAAUUUGCUAACAUUGAAGCUAAAAAGUCUUGAAGCUUUGGACAAACAGCUAACUUCAUUACAAAAGGCAGAUUAUUUUCAAUCAGAUGGAACCGAACAAGUUAAGAAGUUGAUUGAACAAUACAUGUUGAAUAAUGUAAUGAUUCCAAUUGAGUUCGGACCCGACAAGACGCAAUUCAAGGUAACUCCAGAUGAUUUGCUCAAAAAGCUAGGUAUGGUGUCCAACGAUAAUCUCAUCAGAGAAACAAAUGAUCUUGUUAACGUUUAUUUGAAAGACAUUGAAGAGAAGGAAUCGAAUGAAAAAUAUAAUGAACUUCAAAGACUGUUUGCUUCGUUAACUAAACGUCAACUAGAGCCCUUGGUCAACUUUCAAUAUUCUUGGCCAACGGACACACUGGAUCAGGAUGGGCAUUAUUUGGAGACUCGCGAUUACCGUGGACCUCAAAUCGAAUCUGUUUUGAGUCAGUUAAAAAUCUUUUUGGAUUAUUUCUAUUCUCAAUUUGAGAAUCUCAAAACUCUAAGAGUGCAAUCAUCUUCAUGGGAACGUCCCAUAAAAGUCAAAAGUUAUCCCUCUGGAGAAAGAUAUAUUUAGAUGCCAGUCUUUUUUUGCUCAUUUAUUAAUUGAUUUUAUUCCGAUUAACAGCUAAUCUACUGAAACUUAAGUGAUCUUAUUCUGUUUGAUGAGCAAAAACUUGAAGGUUUUCUGGUUAAUUCAGUUUCAAAGUUAUGUAAGCUCAAUAAAAUUUGGUGGAAAAUCGU